GGGGCGCUUGGCCGAGGUUUCCUGGCGACGCAGCCCUGCGGGGCGCCGCUUCUACGGCUGUUUUUUUUUCCUUUUCUCCCAGGUCCGUGUGCGUGGCAGUCAUGCCUUGGUUGCUCUCAGCAACUAAGCUUGUUCCCGCCGUAGCAAGCGCCCGCAGCCUCUCAGGUUAGACUCACCUCCCACAGUGUCCCCUCCAAGGCUUGCUCGCUGAGAAGCCUGAGGCGCACCAGAGGGAACCACGUCGAUCUCGGGAGAUUCCUGGUUCGGCGGACCCUUCUCCUGCUGGGGCCUCCACUCCCAGACCCUCUGUGCGCUCCUGGGAUUUCUUCUCUACCUGCUGCUUCUGGAAAAGGGAUGCAUGUCCUGUUCACAGCGAAGGUACUCCCUGCAGCCGAUCCCAGAGAGGAGGAUUCCAAACCGAUACUUAGGCCAGCCCAGCCCCUUUACACACCCACACCUCCUCAGACCAGUGAAUGAUACCAGUGUGUCUCUCAGUGAGGGCUUCCUUUUGCUGAUUCUUCAUCAGACUGGAAUUCCUGCUGAGAAGUUGGCUGAGACUAAGGAAAUGCAGCUCACCACUGAAACACACAAGAAAUCAGAGUUUUUCAAAGCUGUAAGGGGAGGUGACGCCAGGACUUUCCCAGGUGGAAUAUGCACUUCGCAGACACAAACUGAUGUCCCUGAUCCACAAGGAAGUGCAAGGGCAGAGUGGAACAGACCAGACCGUGGUUCUGCUGUCGAACCCUACAUAUUAUAUGAGCAACGAUAUCCCCUAUACUUUCCACCAAGACAACAAUUUCCUGUACUUGUGUGGAUUCCAAGAACCUGAUAGCAUCCUGGUCCUUCAGAGCCUCCCUGGCAAGCAGUUACCAGCACACAAAGCCAUGCUUUUUGUGCCUCGAAGAGACCCCAGUCGAGAACUGUGGGAUGGCCCCCGAUCGGGCACGGAUGGAGCAGUAGCUCUGACUGGAGUGGACGAAGCUUAUACGCUGGAGGAAUUUCAACAUCUGGUACCGAAACUGAAAGCUGAGACCCAUACUCUGUGGUAUGACUGGACGAGGCCCUCGCACACGCAGCUCCACUGUGACUACAUGCAGCAGCUGGCAGAGGUCAAAGCCAAGAGCAAGAACAAAGUUCGGGCUGUGCAGCCGCUGGUCCAGCGCCUCAGGCUGAUCAAAUCUCCUGCAGAAAUUGAACGAAUGCAGAUUGCUGGGAAGCUGACCUCACAGGCUUUCAUAGAGACCAUGUUUGCCGGCAAAGCCCCCGUGGAGGAAGGCUUUCUUUAUGCUAAGUUUGAAUUUGAGUGCCGGGCUCGUGGUGCAGACAUCUUAGCCUACCCACCUGUGGUGGCUGGAGGGAAUCGGGCAAACACUUUGCACUAUGUGAAGAACAAUCAACUCAUCAAGGAUGGGGAAAUGGUGCUGCUGGACGGAGGUUGUGAGUCUUCUUGCUAUGUGAGCGACAUCACUCGUACCUGGCCUGUCAAUGGCAGGUUCACGGCACCUCAGGCAGAACUCUAUGAAGCUGUUCUGGAAGUCCAGAAAGAUUGUCUGACCCUCUGCUCCCCUGGAACAAGCUUAGAGAACAUCUACAGCAUGAUGCUGACACUGAUAGGACAGAAACUUAAAGAGCUGGGAAUCAUGAAGAACAUUAAGGAAAACAAUGCCUUCAAGGCUGCUCGAAAAUACUGCCCGCAUCACGUUGGCCAUUACCUCGGGAUGGAUGUCCACGACACCCCAGACAUGCCCCGCUCCCUCCCUCUGCAGCCUGGUAUGGUGAUCACAGUGGAGCCAGGUAUUUAUAUUCCGGAGGAUGACAGAGAUGCCCCCGAGAGGUUUCGCGGUCUUGGUGUUCGAAUUGAGGAUGAUGUGGUGGUGACUGAGGACUCACCUCUCAUCCUCUCUGCAGAUUGUCCCAAAGAGAUGAACGACAUCGAACAGAUAUGCAGUAGGGCCUCUUGACCCUCGUUGCAGCCCACACGCAUCUCAGGUUCAGGAGGGGUGGACGCUGCCAUCUGUGGACAUGUGCUUUCUGGGGGUCUCUCUGUGUAUAUUUAUACACGUGUUCCACUGGGGAGAGCAGCUGUAUGACUUUGUAAUUGUGUGUGUUAUCUUUUUUGUUUUCUGUACCUAAAAAUCCAGAAAGUUGAGAUUUUGGACUGUAUGUUACUGCAACUUCAGCAACAUUAAUUCUGUGGAAUUAAUGACCCAGACAUGUUUAAUUUUAAGAUGUAAAGAAAGGAAGUUCCCGUUGUGGUUCAGUGGGUGAAGAACCCACCAUAGUGUCCGUGAGGAUGUGGGUUCCAUCCCUGAUCUCUCUCAGCGGAUUAAGGAUCCAGCGUUGCCACAAGGUGCAGCAUAGGCUACAGAUGCAGCUCCGAUCCCGUGUUGCUGGGGCUGUGGUGUGGGCCAGCAGCUGCAGCUCCGAUUCAGUCCCUAGCCUGGGAACGUCCACAUGCUCCAGGUGUGGCCGUUAAAACAACAGCAACAAAAAGACGUAAAGAAAGCUCUUGGUUACUUAGUCUGUGCAUUCCAGUUUAGCACAUUUAACCACAGAAAAUUCUCUUUCCAGUCCUUCCCUUUCUGUGCUUUUCCUGAGGUCCACCUAAUACAAGAUGGUUGUGUCUUGCUUCUGUCCUGAGCUAACCACCAAGGUCUUUGCCGACUCUAAAAGCCGCCCCUGUGAUUGUGGGCGGCCAGUAGGUACCGUCCAUGACACCUGCCUACCCAUUCGGGAGCCCAGGGAUCUCCCAGAGCCAUGUGAGCUCCAGGGACUUGUGUCCUGCAGUCCCCACCAUUCAGCCGCUGUCCAGAUUCCAGCAACACUGGCUCUCGCAAAAAACAGUUUUAAGCCUUUCUUACGAUUUGGUUGCCUAGGACCUGGAAGGUAUUUAGAUUUUUAGAUAAUGAGGAAAGAGAUGGAAGAGAGAGAAAAGUAUGUUUGUGUCUGCUAUAGGUCCAGGCCACCUCCGUCUGUUCUCGACCUAAAGAUGAUUCCUGCCCCAGGCACCAUGCUUUCUUCAUAGAUUCUUGAUGCACUGACCCUCAAAGCUGCUUCCCUGGCCAAGGGCAGGUCCUCUGCUUACCCUGUUAAAGUCAGAGGAAUGGCAGCCAGUAUUCAGAGACAUCCUGGUUAUCAUUCUGUGAUUUCCUCUAGUGCUGAUAAAAACAAGAUAUGGAGCUCACUCAGCACCUGUGAUGCUUCCUUUCUUGGACGUUAGCACUGGUAGGGCAAUGGUCAAAGACCUCUCUCUCGGUCAGCACAGCAUCGGAUGCGGUUAUGUUAAACCCAGUUUGCAAAGUGAACAGGGCUAAGUUACUGUGGGUGGUUAAUUUGAGAGCUUGUGGCAUAGAGGGCAGCCUUGAGAACUAGCGUGUUCACCUCCUUUAGACCUGAAUACCAGCCCAAGAUGCAUAGAACAUGCUGAUUGUUAAAGCAUAAAUUCUAAGAUUUUUAAGAAUCUGUUUGCCUUACGGAAGAACAGGUUAGGGGAUUAACACGCGGCAGUUCUGUGCAGUUUCCCCAUCUUGUCAGAACGACCCCAGGUAGGCCCGCAGUGACGUCGUCAGGAGGCAAAAAUAAUGUUGUGAACCAAAGUGACACAAAUUGUGUCCUGGGGGUGCUCACCCAGGAGUACUUGACUUUGCUAAGCAGCUAUGGAUGGAUGGCUGCACAGCUGGAGUCGUCAUCCCGUGCCUGCCCUCCUCGCCUCCCUCCAGCUUCUCAGUCCUGUGUUAGGCUCUAAAAGAAGAGGACCUGAAAGAAAUCCACAGCUCUGGCUCUGUAAUCCUAAAAUGAGGCGUUUCCUUUUCUUUCUGUAAAUCAUCUUCUGUGGUCUUCAGCUUUCUAGCUAAAGGUCUAGGUGGCUUUCGUGAGUAGCAGCCUACUUGGACCCGAACAGACUUCUUCCAGCUGGGUUUCUGGUAGGUUCUGGAGGUGUUGCAGGUCGCACGGAUUGGCUGUUGUGGAAUUCUGGUGAUUUGUAGUCCCUGACCCAGGUAUGUUGUCUUUUGAGUCCCCGGUUAACCACAGCAGCCAACAUUUGCAUCAGACUAUCAGAACCUUCAAGAAAUGACAUAGUGAACAUCUCAGAGCAGUGUUUUAGGGACUGUCUGAUAAUAUUCAGGAUUUGUUGAGCAGAAAAUUCUACACAGUGCAGAAAUCUCAUUCAUUCUUAGCCGUACCACAGACAUACCCGCAGUUCUAUGUCUCAGCAUAAUAAAUACUUCAUAUAUACAUCAGGCUCUCCUAAUGAAAACCUUAAUUUUAAAGAAGUGUUUCAGGAGUUCCCGUCAUGGCUCAGCGGAAACAAAUCUGACUAGCAUCUGUGAGGACGCAUGUUCGAUCCCUGGCCUCGCUCAGUGGGUUAAGGAUUGGGCGUUGUGUUGAAACUAAGUGAGGGGCCAGGAUGGUGACAGCCUAAAGGACUCUGUUUGGAAGAGGUUUUUAAUGGUAUUUAUUAAUUUUUUUAUUUUUUAAAAUGUUUGCUUCCUGAAGUGGGAUCUGUAGUCCAAAGCUUAAGCUGAUGGGUUAAGUUUUAAGCCUGGGCAAAUAUACUUCAAGCUGAAGUGUUUUAAGAAUCCUAAUAUGAGAAGGUGAAUACAUCAUUCUUCCCUGGUGGGGGGCGAGGGGGCAGAAUUCCAUUGUCACAAAGCAGGUGGCUCUCCCUGGCUGCUCUCCCCCCUCCCUGUAGGUCCCCGAGGAACUCGGGGUGAGCGUCAGUAUUAUUCAGAUCAUGGGUCCUCACUGAAACCAAGGCCUCCUGGGGUGUGUGCUUCGUGAGGUUUUGAGAGAACUGCAGUUUUCAUGAGCAUUUCUUAAUGCUUUGUAUGACUUUUGUGCAAUUAUAGAAGUUCAAUUUGAACAAAAUGCUGUUACUUUUUACGGCCCUAUCGACUAAAGCUAGAUAAGUUAUUCCCUAACAAGGGAGGAGCCUUUGUUACUGUCAUUUUAAAAAUAAACUACAAAACAACAAGAGA